AUGGCGGGCAGACGGCUGUUAGAUGCAGCCAGACUCUUCAGCGCGUCCGGAUCCAUCGCGAAACACCACUUCAACAUUCGCUCACAGCAAUGGGAGCUCUUUACCCAGACAUCGAGUCUGGCAAAGGCUGUCAAGAACCAGACAGAUCGCGUCACUCUCACAGCCCGGGCCGCUUAUGCUCUCUCGCGGAGGGUCAAUGAGACUGGACCUGCCUAUACACAGACGAAUCGACACGAGGAACCCAUACCAAGUCAAGAGACAGUUCAAGGCGCAGACAGGACGAAUACACACGAGGAGGGCUUGAGUCAGGAUCAUCAUUGGGACAGGUCGGAGCAGAAUGCUGCUGCAGAAGCACCCCCAACAGACGACUUGCACGUCACCCAAGAGAAGGCACGCCGUCACCCUCUGCCGGACGGUACCAUUCCUCCCGAAGGCGCAAAUCUUGACCCGUCGCCGAGUCGCCAGGGUACAGAUACUUUCAGUCAAAGGCCAGUGACAGACACUCCCAAGGACCCUCUUGCAGACCAGCAAUCCGUCGUCCAGGACUUGCAUCCGACGGAAUCCGGCGCGUCCACAAUUCCCAUCCCAGCUGCCCAGGACAGCCAUGCCGACGACACGGUCAAGAUGCAGCGUAAGGCUGAGUUCCAGAUUCCAUCCGUGUCUGGUCACUCUCAGUCAAUGCCCACACCAGGACAAGACACUUUCAAUCUCAGACCUACAGAGUCAUCGGUCGAACUGUCAUCACUGCCUCGCACUAAGAUCCCCAAGUCUGUUGAAGAUACACAGGGUGGCGACGAUCAUGUCAGGGAUGGCCAAAUCAACCAGGACGUCUACUACUCAUCCAAAGGUCACCCUGCCCAACCACCUAUUCCACAGCAAGAAGCUAUUCCCGCACAGGAUGAAACUCCUGAAGGAAUCAAUACCGAUAUUUUCCACAGCCCCAGAGUUGCUUCAUUGCUGAGUGGUGGUGCCAGAGAGGACAGAAGAAAGGCCUACGAGCUCAAGAUGAAGGCUGCUAGGAAGGGCUCGGCCCAGCCAAUUCAGGAGAGCAUCAAGGCCGAAGACAAGAACGCCGACACGUUCAGCACAAGGCCAGGUGUGUCAGAAGCCACUUCUUCACCUAUGCCCGCUACUGAGUCGACUGCUCCUGCUGUCGAACCGAAGACACAGAUCAGCGACAAGGAGACUCAGGAGCUGGCUGAUGCUAUGGUUGCAGAUGCCACUGCUAGCAUGUCUUCGGCUGUCGAGUCAGACAAGCCAAGUACUCCUUACCAAUUGCGGGAAUCUGCUGUACCUUCUUCUCGCUUCGGUAGACUUUGGCAGUAUGGAGGUUUGGCCACAAGCAUGGCUUUUGGCGCUGUUGGUGAAAGUCUACGACGAGUGACCGGAGGUGCCACUGCGGCUGCGAGUGGUUCAUUGUUGCUCAGCCCGGCGAACAUGGAACGGCUAGUCGCCAAACUCUCUCGCAUGCGUGGUGCAGCGCUCAAGCUCGGUCAGAUGAUGAGUUUCCAGGACUCUAAGAUGCUGCCCCCUGCCAUCAAUGCUGUGCUUCAGCGUGUACAAGACAGUGCCGACUACAUGCCUCCAUGGCAGCGCAACAAGCAGCUUGCUGCCAAUUUAGGCGCUGACUGGAAAGACCUGUUCUCGAGUUUCGAGGACGUGCCCAUGGCUGCUGCAUCAAUUGGUCAGGUCCAUCGUGCUACACUGGCUUCCAAUGGUCGUGAGGUCGCUGUCAAGAUCCAGUACCCUGGUGUCCGGGGUAGUAUUGAUUCCGAUCUCAACAAUCUCUCCCUCCUCCUCACAGCAUCACGGCUUCUACCUCCUGGCCUCUUCCUCGACAAGACAAUCGCAAACGCGCGUACAGAACUAGGAUGGGAAUGUGAUUACGAGCGUGAAGCCAAGUGCGGUACUCGUUUUGCAGCCCUCCUCGAGGACGAAUCUGCAACCUUCCGAGUCCCGCAAGUCUUCCCCGAGGCUUGUGGCCCUGAAGUACUGACUGCUGAACUCAUGCACGGCAAAGGCGUUACCAAGAUCCCUGAUCUCUCGCAGGAUGAGAGAGAUUGGAUAGGCACACAAGUACUGCGUCUCUGUCUACGCGAACUCAUGGAGUGGAGGUUCAUGCAGACAGAUCCCAACUGGACCAACUUCCUCUACAACAGAGGGGAUGCUCCAUCAGAGCGCAGGCUGGAGUUGCUCGACUUUGGUGCUUCGAGAGAGUUCCCAGAAAGUUUCGUCGCGCCGUACGUUCAGCUGCUUAUCGCGGCUUCCACCCACGAUCGCAAUGCCUGCCGCGACCUCUCCAUCAAGCUAGGCUAUCUCACCGGCGCAGAAAGCCAGGCCAUGCUUACUGCUCACAUUGACUCAAUCCUCACACUCGCCGAGCCCUUCGAUUCCGGCAGAACAGGCGAUUACUAUGACUUCAAAGACCAGACAAUCACCGACAGAGUAAGGGAGAAGAUUGGUCUCAUGGUCAGAGAGAGAUUGGCACCUCCACCAGAGGAGACAUAUUCGCUGCACAGAAAACUAAGUGGUGCAUUCUUGCUCUGUGCAAGGUUGGGAGCGAAUGUACCGGCAAAGAAGCUGUUCGAGGAUGCGGUCAACAAGUGGAAGCAGGAUAAAGGUGAGGGUAUCUAG